GUUAAGAAGAUUAUGAAUAACAUGUAUUACAUGCUGAAGAGCGAGUUCAACGCAAGCGACAGCUAUGAUGGUGGAAAGGUCAUGUCUGUCAUUCUUCGAGUUAUUAAGGACGUGACAUUAAAACAAGUAACAAAAGCAGAAGCAGAAGGUACGGACGAAGUAGACGAAGACGAUGAAGAAGAGGAAGAGGAAGAGGAAGAGGAAGAAGAAAGCGAGGAGGAGGAGGAGGAGGAGGAAGAAAGCGAAGAAGAAGAGGAAAGCGAAGAAGAAGAAGAAGAAGAAGAGGAAAGCGAAGAAGAAGAAGAAGAUGAAAACGAGGAGAAACAAGAAGACAAUGAAGAAAAAGAAGAGGAAACUGAAGUAAAAGGACAUGACAAAGAAGAAACUGUCGAAGAUAUUGAAGACGUCGCCAAAAGCGAAGAAGAAGAGGACAAAAAUAGCGAAGAUGAAGAGGAAGAAAUACAAAAGACCAUUACAACAACAGAAGAGCCGAAGUCGUCAGAAACUGUCCAACAAGAACAAGAAAGUGACAAUAAUAAAAACAACGAAGAAACUGAUUCAGAAAAUCAAAACAAUUUAAUUAAUGAAACUUCACAUACAUGUACAGAAAAUACGUCUGUGACAGAAGCUGCAAAUGGCGAUAAUGCAGACCAAGAAAGGAAUGGUUUGCGGGAAAACUUAGCAGAUAAACGUGAUUCUGAUGAUGAUUCGGAAGAGAGUGACAGYAACGAAGGUCCUCCGCCAUUUGAAGAAUCCGUAGAAGUGGAAAAGGAAACAAUUUCUAGCGAGCAACCACCUUUAGAACAGGAACCCACUGCAGCAAUUCCUGAAAGCGCGCAAGAUAGUAAAAAAGACCCGUCAAAAACCCUGGACUCAAUAUUUGGCGAUGAUGAUCAUGAUGAUGUGGAAGCUACUUUUGGUCUAGUAUCAAAGAAACCAGAACUAGAGGAGUCUUUAACUAAACCAGUACCGCCKCCUCUCUUUGACGAUGAUGACGAAGACGAUAUUGAUUGGUUCAAGUGAAGCAAGCAUACCAUAAUAUGCUAAUCAUUCCCAUAAUUCCAUUCAAGGACAGAAUUGCACCUCAUUGGUGAAAAUUUACUGAUCGUGAAUUCUUUUCAGUGUCAUACGUGGAAGGACGCCCACGAAUAAAGUAUUUUUUGUAAUUAAAAUCAAAUACAUAAAAAUAAUAGAUAAAUUACUAACUGGCACCUUGCCUCGAAUUUAACAAAAAACGCUAAAAACGUCCUUGACUUUCAAAUUCUCUUUUCGUGGAAAGUUUUUAGAUUUUAAUGACAAAAUCGGUAUCAAUGUAUAGCCAAAUUUCAAAGGUAGAAAGUUAUAUAUGAAAAAGAAUCAAAAAUUAAUAAAAAAGAAACAUUUUGAACA